UGCAAUCCUGCUACAGACAAGUGGGCUGCCUUGCCGGACUCUCACCAGGCGGCGGGCCUGAGCGCAGCUCUUUACCCUGAGGAAUCCAUCGUGCGCUUGGGCUUCGACCCGGUCGUGUCGCCGCAUUUCCAUGUGUUUGUAUUGGAGGACAAGCAACAUAUCUGGGACUCUUACCUCGCCACAAGGAGUUCGGUGUAUUCCUCUGAAAUCAGAGUGGCCAGAGUGGCAGUUUACUCGUCCAAGUCCGAAGGAUGGGUUCAUAAGCACAAGACUUGGGACACGUAUAUCAGCGUCACCGAACGUCAGUCAUCAACUGUCUUUCUCAAUGGCAAGAUGCACUUCCACGCCUAUGACCGUGAGCAAUCCUCCUUUUGUCUAGCUGCAGUGGACACCGAUGCGGAAACAUGGACCAACUUCGCUGUCCCCGGUGGUAUGAUUGAGGGUUUUAUUCGGCUGUCGCAGGGCUGCUUGCAUUAUGCCAAUUUACACAGAGGCGAAGAUGGUUUCUCCGACCGACUAGCAGUUUAUGUUCUCCAAGACUAUGAAAAGAAGGAAUGGAUAUUGAAGCAUAGAGUUGAUACUUUCGACCUAACCAAAAGUAAACAUGUUGUCUCUGAUGGAGGCUUUGAUUGGAUUGUGAUUCACCCGCAAUAUAACUUGAUCUACUUCACUCUGGGGUGGGAUUCCACAUUCAUCUGCUAUGAUAUGGAUCGUGCAAGUGAUCUGCGAUCUUGAAGAGUGCAAGAAGCCGUACCUGCCAUAUGUGCCGUUGUACGCAGAGUUACCAUCAUUGCCCAUGUGACAUCAAUAUGAGACUGCUUGUGCCUUUAUAAGUUGGGAAAAGGAAGAGUGAAUUCCCUUUUUUUUCCCCAAGUUUGUUUGUUUUGACACAAAUUAUCCAAUUUAACAAAAUUUCUCUUUGUUUA